GCGAGAUGCAGUCCUUCAGAGAGCGCAGCACUGGUUACCACAGCAACCAGCCCUGCUACCAGCAGGAGCCCCAUGAAUUAUCCCGCCUCGACACGUACCGUCAGCACCCGCAGCACCCACACACUGGCCCAGGACCACACCCAGGGCACAGCAGACCUGGAUAUGACACCCAUCCACUGACUAGUCCCUCCAGCAUGACCCCAGCUGGAGGUGGGACCAAGGACUGUUACAGCCAGCAAGCUUUUGCCAGUUUCCCUGGAAACAGUGGAGGCAAUGGCAAUGGAAACGGGGUCUCUGCAAAAAAAAAUUACAGAGGAGGAAGUAAGGCACCCACUCCGACCUCUGGAAAUCAUCUGCAGGGUCCGGCAGGCUACAGCCACAUGGGCCCUGGGAGCUACUCAGCCCAGUACCUGAGUGAAGGGCACAUACAGCAGAAGUGGGACGAUCCUUCACAGUUAUCACAGUACGAACAGGACAUAGUGGCCCGCAUGGAGGCGAGCACCCCCACCCCUGGCGCCUCACAAUACAUGGACCAGAACAUGUUAGGCCAAACUCAGUGCCAUCAACCUACGACCCCAGCCUACACCAGCCCACACCACCAGCCCCAUGUCCCCAACCCUCCUCCCUCACCCCUCAUGUACCCUCAGAGUCACCUGCACUACCCCCAGCAGUCCCCAUCACCAUACAUGGACAAGUGCAGCCCUAUGCCUCAUUGCUACAAAGGGUACAACAUGCCCCCUAACACACCGUACAGCAGACAAAUGGGGAGCCACAGUAGCUUGAAGCAAGGCCAAUACAGGCAGAGUCAGAGCAGUUAUGGCUACCAACAGCCUACCCCCAGAGGCUACGAGCCACACGCUCCUUUACAGAACCUGAGCAACCCACAGGAGCCACAUCCCAAAUAUCAACACUACAAUCAAACACAGCAGAAUUAUUGUCUUACAGAUAUACCGGUCCGCUCCCCAGAGCAGUACUAUCAAACCUGCAGCCCCGCAUCCAGCCAUUCCCCUGCACGCUCUGUUGGCCGUUCACCCUCAUAUAGCUCCACCCCCUCACCACUUAUGACCAAUCCUGAGUCCUUCCAGUACGGCCAGCCAUCUAUGACGCCCUCGUCCUCUUCAUCUUCUACCUCUGCCAUGCAAGAGCAGGGGAGCUCCAGUGCCAUGCUAAUGCCCCCGCGCUCCCACCCCUCCCCAAGUGUGGCCCACGCAGCUCCCCACAGCUACACUAGCACACCCCAGCUUCCCACCAUGAAAGAGCGCUUUUCUGAAAAGCUGCUGUCCAAUCCAAGCUUGUGGAGUCUAAAUGCCCUCACCUCUCAAGUGGAGAACAUUUCCAAUAAUGUCCAGCAGUUGUUGCUUUCUGAAGCACUAGUGGGAAACAAGAAAAGUGGAAAACGAAACAGUGGAGGAAGUAACAGCAGCGUUGGCAGUGGUACACCCUCUAAGAAAAGUGAAGAGUAUAAGAGUCCUCUGUAUGCAGAUGGAAGUGGAGUGGGAGGUUCUAUGCAGGACCCCUACUCUGCAACACAGCACCACACACUUCCAAUGGAGCUGCAUGAAGCGGGCUAUUCCAGCAGCAGUGACGAGCAGAUAGAAAGAGGCUACUACUACUGCAGCCAAGGCCGGAGUCCAGCACAGGCCCAAAACAACACUAGCCUGUGCCUGGAUACAACCUCUUCAUGCUCAAUAACUUCUCCUGAUGACAUGUCCAUUAGGUCUGGGGACUCAGGCGUACAUAACCUGACUCCUGACCCAGCUAUCUGUACGCCAGCUCAAGGUGGUGAUGGCAUGAGUACUCCAGCUAAAAGCAUAAGCGACGAGAGAUCACCCACAAGUAUUACAGUAUCAAGUCCGCUCAAACAAGACAGAGAUUCUCCUCCGGAUAUUGAAACCAUUGAUGAGCCCCUAAAAGAAAACUUUGAAGAAAACACUUGGCCAGACAAAUGCACAGACAAAAGUGAGAUUACAGAAAAAAUGACAGAUGUCGAUGAAGACAUGGUCCAAUCUGCUGAGAGACUAGAACACUGGACAGAGGAAGGAAAUGAUUCACAACUCUAUAGUAAGGAAGAAGAGAGAGAAAAAAGCUACUGCUACGACAGCCCUGAAUACCAGGAGGACCAGAGGAAAUAUGAAAUUACAAGAGAGGACUCACUGGAGCGGUUACCUUCUGAACUCUCCUUCUCCAAUGACAAAGAGCAAGAGGUGAAAUCAGAAACAUUCAAAUCUGACUCACGCACUCCAUCUGAAAGCUCUGUAAAAACAUCACCUUAUGUAUCAAGAGGGGACCUUGAACAGGAUCAGUAUUCGACAGAGAAAGAGGACAGCUCUGAAAACACCUCUCCACCCCCCAGAAUGGAGGAGGAAGACAUUACACAGAAGGAGGACAGCAGAGAAGCAGAGGCAGAACAACCAGAGGAGGGAGGUGAAGAGGAGGGGGGCAUUCAGAAAGAAGAGCCACAGACACUAUCCCCUCCACUGUCUGCUGAGGUUAGCAAGGAUGUGGAAGAGGAGGAGGGGAUGGGGAGCCCAGAGCAUCCAGAAGAGUUUGCUCCGGUCCAUUUGAACACAGCUGCCGAUGUUUCCUCUAGAGAAACAGCUAUUGGUGACACAGCUCCUCAGCCUGAGUCGGCUAUGCCAGUCUUUUCAUCGCUCAAUGACAAAGCUGCCCCUGCCCCAGCUCAUGCCCGAGAUCACAUGGAUCAUAGCGACGCUAAAGUGCUGGAGCCAGACUCCCCGCAGCUGCCAGGGAAGUCCAUACUCCCCUCAGCCCCUUCAUGGGCAGACACCCCACCCUCACCUAAGAAAGGGGACGAGGACAUAGAGCCGGGCAUCAGCUGUGCCAGUGCUGUGACCCCCUUGACCAAACCAGAGCCUCUUGCUCCUACGUCUCAGCCCAGGACCUAUGGACGAAAGCAUGCACGAGGCAGGAGAAGAAUGCAUUCAGGGUCAGGUCUGAGGCGACAGCUCAGUUUGGACACAGAAGGAGAGAAAAGAGGAGAGUCAGUGCCGUCUUCUCAAAAGCCCUGCAUCCCCACGAGUAAAACAGGACUGAUUUCAGAUCAAACAGAACUCAUUCAUCAUACAGAGUCUAAUGUCAGUCCUGCAGUUAAAAUAAUAGCUGAUGUAUUUUCCUCAAGAAUGUGCACGCGCUCAUUCAAUGCUCCAGAGUUGUCCCCCAAAGAUAAACCUCCUCUGAAAAGAAAACCAGGCCCCAAACCAGGCCCAAAGCCAAAACCAGGACCAAAACCUGGUCCAAAACCACGAGUCCAACCAGCCACUAAGCCUGCCCCAAAAUCUACCCCAAAAUCGGCACCAGUUGAACCAGAGAUACCACCGAAAAGUGAGAUCACAGUUAAACAAAAACCAGGACCCAAGCCACGUGCGAAGCCUGGUCCCAAACCAGGGUCUAAACAUGCCCCUAACCCAGAGCCUACGCCUGAAGAGGCUCUCCCUUCCUCAGACGCCCCUCCUGCAAAGGCCACCAACAGCCCCCCUGCUAAGACCACAGUGGGUCGGCCUAAAGGCUCAGGGUCAAAAGCCAAGAACACACAGGAAGUGGUUCAGCCUUCAGAGGGGAUGCAGAGCAGGAGAAAGAGGGCACUUCUGGAGGCAGCAUCAGCAGAAAAUCCACCUGUGAAACCAGUGCAUGUUGAAGAGAAAACAGAAGUAAAAGCGCCACAAAGAGCAACAAAAAAUAUGGUCUUGAGAUCCAGAAAGCCCUCCCAGGAAAAAGCAACAAAAGAAAAAAUAAACGAGGAAACUGUUGAAGUCAAGACCACAGAACCGAGAGUGAGUGAUGUGAAAGUGGAAGUGACUUUAACAGAAGAACCAAAAUUGACUUCUCUCCCUGAUAUCAAAACCACAGAUGCGCCAACUGAAUUAUCUGAACCACCAAAACCCAUGGAUCCACCUCCAGACAUCAAUGCUGAUAAUACCACAUCACUAAAGAGAAAAUCCAACAGCCCGCCUUCCUCUGUGUCCCCUGUUAAGAAAAAACGGGGUCCUAAGCCCAAACGACGUGGACCACCACAACCUGCACAGGCGGAGGAGGACGUUUCUACAGCAGAAGAAGUAACCACCAGGCCAUCAAAAAGAAGACAAGCCUCACAAAAUAAAUGUUCUCCAAGUAUCUCUCCAACUAACGAAACCGAUAACAGUGAUGUGCCUGCACACUGCCCUACCAAAACAAAAGUACUGCCCCCUCGAAAAGGCAGGGGGCAAAAAUAUGAGGCCUUGGUUCAAAAAAUGACAUCUCCUGGUUCAAAGAAACAGCAACCCCUUCAGCCAGACAGUUUAACAGAUGAGAUGGCAUCUAAGGCACUCUCUCAGAAUUCAAUUAAGGGCAGUGAAGUGACCCUAAAUGCUGCAGACAUUAUGGAAGAAGUGAAAAACACAGAUAUCAAAGAAGAUGAACUUAAAGAGCAAGAAAUGCCAGUCAAAGUAGAGGAGGACAGUAAAACUCAGACAGAUCAGGGGGUAACUGAGGAGAAAAAUAGUGAGAGUGAUAGAAGUGACAUUGCACAGACAGAAGAGUCAAGCACACAACAGAAUUCAGCUACUGUAGAAGUUAGGGCAGAGGGGACACAAGAAACAGCAUGUGUCCCUAGUAAAUCUGUCAAAGCAAAGAAGAAAAGGUGGGCUAUAGUGGAGAGCACAGAAGCAGCUUUGGAAACAGAAAGCCUUAUAGUCACAACGCCAAGACUAGCAAAGCAGAGGGCUAUUAAAAACAACCAUGAGAUGCACCUGAAACAAAGGAGGAAGAAAAGAAAGGAAGUGGCCGAGGCAGUAAGUGAGGCUAAUGCUGAGGACAAGGUUGAAACAGAGAAGGCAGAAAAGAUUGAAGAGCAGGCCACAGACUCUACAGUACAUGUGCCUAUAAGCACAGAGACUGAACCUGUGCAGGUGAGCAGUUCAGAGCCCACAGAGAAACCCAAGAGAGGCAGAAAACCAUCAGUGAGUCCAGGCAGCAGAAAGAGAGGGAAAACAUCAACAGAGCACACGCCAGAGAAGCCAGCAAAGCUCCACAGAAAACCAGGGCCAAAGCCAGGGAUGAAAGACGCCAUGGAGGUUAUUGAGGCUGUGGUCAGGGCAGCAGGCUGUGAGCAGGCAGAGAAAGAGGAGAGAGAGAAAGAGGAGAAGGAGCAGAGGGAAAGAGACAGUAAGGAAAAAGAGGAGGAUCCAUGUAUUGUGGGUCCUGUAGUGACAGUAUCAGAGAAACAGAGUGAAACCAUUUGUGUGAAAAAAUUCAGACGCAGACCAGUCUCACAAAACUCCAAACUGUCUUUCUGUCCAUAUGUGCGACUUAGCAACUCCCGAGACUUUUCAUCUUGGUGUGCUAUUGUGAACAAGCCCGAGGAUGCUGUUGUAUUUCAGAGAAGAAGAAAAAAGGGCAUACUUAGAAUGAAGAAUCCUUUUACGGUGGCCAAGGGGGUGCCGCACACUGCAGCCAUGUUACAGGGACCUUUAGUAAAUAAAGCACUGAUGGACAGAUGUCUAAACUGUAGCCUUUGUGGAAAACCAGCGAACUAUAGAGACCUAGGGGACUUAUGUGGCCCUUUUUAUGCUGAAGAUGAUGUUCCACGAAAAAUGUUGACAUCAAGUCCCACCGAUUUAAUCAGGAAAAUCUCAGAUGAGGCCAGUUGUAGUCAAAGUAGCAUAAAUACAGAACCGGUGAGCAGCUCAAAAGAUGAAGAAGAGAGUGACACAAAAGCAGAGAGCACUAUGGACUCCUCAGCUCAAGAGAGCAGUAGACAGCAGCGGCACCGUCGCUAUCGGCGACCAGAGGGUUCUGACUGCAUCCCCCGGAGAGGAGGUCUGCGGAGAGUCACGCUAAGAGAGAGGUUCAGGAGAAUCCAGCAACUCAAGGCCAAAGGGACCAGUGAGACGGAGGAGAGAGAGAGCUUGCUCCAGAGACUUCAGCAGGAGGCAGAGACCAAGGAACAUUGGGCCCAUGAAAACUGUGCCAUCUGGACCCGGGGCGUCGUUAUGGUAGCAGGGAGACUGUACGGACUCAAAGAAGCAGCCAAGACCUCCGAUCAAACGAGUUGCUACAAGUGCCAGAAUGUGGGUGCGUCCCUCAGCUGCUGCUGGAGAGGCUGUUCUAACAAAUACCACUAUGUCUGUGCCAAAGAGAUAGGCUGCACAUUCCACGAGGAUGACUUCUCCAUCAAAUGUCCGAAACAUGAGGACCUGUAAUACCGUCAUCAGAAAAAACACUUCUCAACCCAACUAGUACUACACGGACAGCGUUGUCCAAACAGCCUCCCGGGUCUACCACAGUGCUAACUUAAAGGUGGAGGCGCUGGUCACCACAGCCAGGGCGGACAACACGAGGCUACGCUUGGAGCACUGAGCCCUGCAGGGUGGCUCCUCUGAGAAGAGCUGCCCCCAGCCUCAGUGUGUUCCUCCAGUGAGCGCCUUCUGCGGCAGGCGGCAGAUGUGACUGUCGAGUGGGAGAGCCUCAGGCCCGGUGCACAGGGGCUGUUUGAAAUGCACAGUGAGCAGUGUGUGUGUGUCCUGCCUUGGGAUGGCUCACUAUCGGACUCAGACACCUGGCGGACACUGAUUGGACGGGAGCAGCCUCUGGCCACCUUCACAGUGCCCAAACGUGUGCUUGUGUCGUGAGUCCUCAUUCUUCAGCCUCAGCACUCAUCCUGUGUUUGUUCAUUUGUGUCUGUGGGAGUGAGGACCUGCAUCUCCACUUUAACAUCCCAUGCAUCGGCAGUCAAGCACUGGGUCUACUAUUUUACCUUGUACAACAGAAAAACAUAAGUAUUUGCAUAUAAAACACAUGAGAUCAGUAUUUUACUAUGAUGCUCUAAUCCUGGAGAUGUAUUUGUGUGCAUCAUGGCCUUUGGUGUGUGUCAUGCUUUGUGUUUUUAAGAAUCUAUAAAAAUAUAAAAAUAAAUGUGUUACUCUCAUCUACUGUGUUCACAUUUCACCAGUUGACAGCUGCAGACCUGAGGUUUGCUCUGAGGCCUGUCCUCUCAUCAUGCUACAGUAUGUAAAGUACAAAAGUAAAAGUAUUACUAUGAAAAAUACAGUAUAAGUUAUUUUCACACAUGUGAAAAUUGAUGUACGAACAUUAAGAUUCAUUCAGAUUCAUAAAGCACCUGUCUGUAUUUCAAAUGUAGGCUUGUUACUCUGCCAUGCUAAGUAUGGUCACUACUACUGUUCAUAUCAAAAUGAGAGUAUAAAAGCGUAAAAGAAACUUUCUCUUAUAAGAGGCUCAUUUAAUGGUGUA